AUGCGCCUGGAUAACGACCACUCCAAAUCAUCACAAUCACCAUCGCGCAACUUUGCAAACGGAUCAUCACAGGCAUCAGGGCCCAGGUCUCCCCUGGCCAAGGGUACGAAUGGAAGUACGCAUAGCAGAAACGAGAGCAAUGGCUCGUACACGAAUGGAGGGCCGGUAGCAAACGGGGGAACGGUACCUGCCACUUUCUUUGGCCAUGACAGGGAAGAAGUGACGCGGAUACUGAUACAGAGCCUCACCGACUUGGGCUAUCACAGUGCUGCGGGCGCAUUGUGCAAGGAGAGCGGCUUCCAGCUCGAAGGGCCGACGGUUGCGGCAUUUCGAACCUCGGUGCUGAACGGCGAUUGGGAAGAAGCCGAGGAGCUACUGUUUGGGUCAAGUACAUUUGAUUCUGGGGGAGGAGUUGGUCUGGACCCGCCUUAUGGAAAGCCAUGGGGCAAAUCAAGAUCACGCCCAAAUUCGCAGCGUUCUGCAGGCUUGACCCUAGCCGAGGGCGCAAAUCGCGAAGUCAUGCUGUUCUGUUUGAAGCAGCAAAAGUAUCUCGAGUUACUUGAGCGGAGAGACCUAAGCAAAGCGCUUGCGGUACUUCGACAAGAGCUGACACCGCUUCAUCAAGAUGUAGGGAGGUUACAUGCGCUUUCAGCACUUAUGAUGUGCCAGUCUGCCGAGGACCUCAGGAACCAGGCUCAAUGGGACGGCGCUCGCGGCGACUCGCGGAUGCAUCUACUCUCUGAUCUCUCAAGAUCAAUAUCACCCAGUAUUAUGAUUCCUGAACACCGCUUAUCUGUUCUGUUAGACGAGGUAAAGGAUAGCUGGAUUGCAAACUGUCUCUAUCACAACACGGCCGCGUCACCUUCUCUCUACCUGGACCAUAACUGCGAGAGAGAUGAUUUCCCAACGAAGGCUGUGCUUGACUUGAGGCACCACAAGGAUGAGGUAUGGUUUCUGCAGUACUCAAAUGACGGCACGAAACUCGCCUCAUCAAGCAAGGACAAGACAAUCAUCAUCUACGAAACCAACACCUACAAGGUGCUACAUCAGCUCGACGAACACCAGGAAUCCGGCAUCGCAUACCUUGCCUGGAGUCCUGAUGACACAAAGAUUAUAACAUGCUGUUCACAACCAGAGAACUCUGCACGGAUAUGGGACGUCAAAACUGGCAUGUGCAUACAAUGCAUCAGUGACUUUACCUACCCGUGCACUACAGCAGCUUGGGACCCUUCCGGCUCACGGGUCAUCAUCGGAUCACAGGAUGACAGUAUGGGUUGUGGAGUCUGGGAUCUCGAUGGCCAACUCAAACACAACUUUUGCGAUGACGGAAAGCUCCGUGUCAACGACCUUGCAGUUUCCGCCGACGGACAGCGAUUAGUCGUCAUAACUGAAAGCUCUAUCGUUGUGUUCGACUUCGCAAGUUACGAAAAGAUCGCCGAGUUUCAGCUCGAUGAUACCAAAUUGACAAGCGUCACCAUCAGCCAGGAUUCGCGACAUAUGCUAGUCAGCAUGAGCCCCGAUCAGAUUAAGCUUAUGGAGAUCGACACCGGUGAUGUGAUACAACGCUUCGAGGCCCAUGUCCAGAAGCAGUUCAUCAUCCGAUCAGUAUUUGGUGGCGCUGACGAGAACUUUGUAGUUAGCGGCAGCGAAGAUUCGCGGAUAUACAUAUGGCGCUCCAACGGCCUUCUUAUUGAAGCUCUUGAUGCACAUCCCGGCUGCGUCAAUAGCGUAGCUUGGCACCCCAAGGAUCCCACGACAUUCGCCUCCGCUGGUGAUGAUCAUCGAGUAAAGAUCUGGAAACCAGCUUCAGCGUCCCCCAUGCCAUCAGGCAGUGGCUCAAGUAACGGUUACGGAAGGUAG